AUGUCACGCAGAUCGCCCUCUCGCGUGCUCAUGGCAAAUGACUUCGCAUCUCGCCGGCGUAGCACUGCUCAUGAGAAAGCCAGUGGCUGUGACCCAUCCACUGGCACUCGUCAUAUCCCGCCUGCGCUUUCGCGCGAUCCCAGCAUAGAUAUACAGAUCCCAGAGGGCACCGUGCACGUCUCUCGGCCCUUCCGAUCGUUCAGGACACGCAAACUACGCACCAUGAUCACCUUCUCCCCACGCAAGUCGCAUUUCGAUAUCACCAAUGAGAGGACUGGAAGCAAUGAGUUCCGCGGAUUCUUCACAUUGUUCUGGAUAGGCAUGUUCGUCUUUAGCAUCCGCACUUACAUUCGCAGCAUAGAGGAGCGCGGCUACCCUGUCGAAGGCGCAUUCUUCUCAAUGUUUUCUCGAGAUGCCGUCACCCUUGCCAUCUCCGAUGCCGUCCUAGUUCUCAGCACCGGUAUCUGCGUGCCUUUUGUCAGGGCGUUCACGAACGGCUGGUUCAAGUACUACUGGACCGGUGUCGCUAUCCAGCACCUCUGGCAGACAAUGGUACUCUUCGUCGCGAUCAAGUGGACCUUUAACAGGCACUGGCCUUGGGUGCAGUCCGGCUUCCUUACCCUUCAUUCGUUAGUGAUGGUCAUGAAGAUGCACUCAUAUGUGACCACCAACGGCCAGCUGCAAUGGGUGAAUAGUCAAGCGGAGGAAGUCCAAACGCAGCUGCGCCAUGUCGUCGCUGACGAGGGAGGAUGGGAGACUGCGCUAGCUGCAGCUCAAGAGAGCAAGGCGCAGAUGGAGGAGCUCGAGCGUGCGCGAGGGAAUGGAGGCGAACAUGACAUGACCAAUGGGGUGGCCAACGGGACGCCGAUGGUACCCGAAGGCUUGACGUCGUCCUAUGUCGACGUCAACGUCGCCGCUGCGCUGCGCCAGCGAUUGGCUGCCACUGGCCGCUCGGACGUAUUGACCUCACCCGUUCUGCAUUCUUCCACAUCGACGUCAUCCUCAACAGAUAUUCCUCUUCAGCGUCUGGCGCAGGCAACAACCACGGGAACUCGCAUGCCAGAAACUAUCACUGAGAUUCUUUCGCGAUCCCCCGAUGCAGCGUCACAGAUUCUCUCAUAUCAUCCUAAUCCCAACAUCGCGGAUCUGGCCCGAGAACAUAUGGGGCUAUUAGCAGAAUUAACGAGCUCAGGUUCUGCACGUAUACGAUGGCCUGCGAAUAUCAACGGAAAGAACUUUGUUGUAUAUAUGCUCGUACCAACUUUAGUCUAUGAGCUUGAGUACCCUAGGACAGACAGAAUCCGACCACUAUACGUAUUUGAGAAGACGGUUGCAACGUUUGGUACAUUCGCUCUGCUAUACACUGUCACAGAAAGCUUCAUCAUCCCACUCACACCUACUCCGGAGCAGACCGUUUGGCGCUCGCUGCUGGAUCUUUCCCUGCCCUUCAUGGUAGCUUUUUUGUUGUUAUUCUAUCUUAUUUUCGAAUGCAUAUGCAAUGGGUUCGCGGAGCUAUCAUAUUUUGCUGACCGACGCUUCUACGACGAUUGGUGGAAUUCUAUUUCCUGGGAUGAGUUCUCGCGCAAGUGGAAUCGGCCAGUGCACACGUUCCUGCUGCGCCAUGUCUACACGUCCUCGAUGAGCUCCAUGAAGCUGACGAAGAACGGCGCGAUGUUCUUCACCUUUUUGUUGAGCGCUGCCGCGCAUGAGCUCGUUAUGACGAUUGUGACAAAGAAGAUUCGGUGA